AUGUCCAAGCAUCUCGCGAUGUCUCUUCUCUCUCUAGAACUGGAACUGGCUUUGCUCAUUUCAAGCCAUUUGAAUUCGCCAAAAGACCUUCUCAGCUUACUCCGAACUAGCCAAAAGUUCUACCAUCUCCUGACCAAUGAGCUCUACCAAAAUAAUCUCCGCUCUGAUGGUGGAUCAGCCCUUUUGUGGUACGCCAGCCGUGGGGACGAACUGGGGGUGCGGAAUAUGCUGCGUGCAGGCGCGAAUGUUAAUGUUCGAUCAUCGAAUCUAGCACAGUCGACAGCUCUUCUGGGGGCUGUCAAUAACAAGCAUAUCACCAAGUUGCUCUUGGAACACGGUGCCAUGGCAGAUGCCGUUGUGUUUGACAAGCAUGCUCCAUUACUGGAGGCUGUCCGGUCAAACGAGGAGUAA